AUGGCCAACUCCUCCGCCGCCGCCGAUUCCCGCCACCCGCUCUCCCUCACGCCUCCUCCGCAGAUCUCCAAAGAUGGUCAUGCAUCUGACAAUCCCAUCCCUCUUUCUCCUCAGUGGCUGCUUCCGAAGCCAGGCGAUACUAAGCCUGGAGCAGGAACUGGGGAAGUCCAUUUUGGCUCUCAUCCAGCCUAUGGUAAUCGCACAGACAGCAUCAAGUCUCCUGGUACUAAUGGUGAAGAGAUGCAUGAUUUGCAUAAGAAAAAGGAUGUUUUCAGGCCUUCUUUGCAUGACAUGGAACCUGGUCGCCGCGAUCGCUGGCGUGAUGAGGAAAGGGACACCAAUCUGUCAGCCCGGAAAGACCGCUGGAGGGAUGGUGAGAAAGAGCUUGGUGACAGCAAGCGAAUGGACCGCUGGGUGGAGAAUCCCUCUGGCAGGCAUUAUGAAGCUCGGCGGGUCCCUACUGAGCGCUGGGGGGUUGAUUCGGGUAACAGAGACAAUAAUUAUGAGCAGCGGCGUGAGAGCAAGUGGAACAGCCGCUGGGGACCUGAUGGUAAGGAGACAGACUCUGGCAGAGAUGUGGAUGUACCUCAUGAGAAAGGCUUGGGGAUUCUUCCCACACAAGGGAAGGAUGAUCGAGAGGCUGACCAUAAUCGACCUUGGAGAUCUGGUUCCUCUCAAAGUCGUGGGAGAGGAGAUGCCCCCCACCAAACAACACCUUUGUCAAACAAACAGGGCCCUAUGUUUCCAUAUGGCAGGGGACGUGGUGAAACCAAUCAAACAUUUUCUGUUGGUCGUGGAAGAAUUGGGGCUGGUGGAAGUUCUAUUAACAGCGCUUCAACUCAUCCUCAACCUCUAGGGCCCAUCCUGGACAAGGCUGAAAAUGGGCCUCUAAGAUAUGGCAGGACCAAAUUGUUAGAUUUGUACAGGAGGACUGAUAUGAGGUCAUCUUGGCAACUAUUGGAAGAGUUUGUCCAUGUGCCAUCUCUUACGCAGGAAGAUAUGGUGGAACCGCUUGCACUAUGCUUACCUAAUCCCGAAGAGAUGGUUGUGCUGAAGGGAAUUGACAAAGGGGAAAUUAUAGGUAGUGGUGCCCCUUCACUUUCAAAAGAUGGAUCUAUGGGGCGGAACACGGUAGAUUAUACUCAUUCGAGAAGGGCUAGAGUUGGUAGUAGGGAAGAUGGAACUCUUUCUGUUGAUGAUAGUAAGGAUGAUUACAUGGAGAAUAUGAAAGGUGGCUUUGGGAAUUAUACCGACGGCCCAUCUAAUGAGAGGCAGUUGCAAUACUCUGGUUCCAACUCUAAGUUGGAGUCGUUACAAGACCAUUUGGUGCAUCCUGAAAACAGAUUCAAAGCUGAAGGUCCUAGAGAAAAUAUCGGACCUUAUAGGAAGACUGAGGAUGCACCUAUUAGUAGGGAAUCAAGUUCACAGGGAAAUUAUUCGGCACCCUGGCGAGCACAGUCUUUGGGAGAGCAAUUCCAUGCUCUGUCUCACGAGCGAAGGGAUGUUUCUGAUAACAUAAACUGGACUUCAGCUCACAAGAAUCUUAAUUCUCAAUGGGAAAGUAAUAUCGUUAAUCCUUCAUAUUCCAAAGAUCAUUCCAAGUGGCAGCCUGGUGAGGACCCAGUUCUCAAGCGACAACUGUCAGCCAUGCUGGAGAGAGAACAAGAAGCAAAGAAGAUGUUGCAGCAGUCUGCAAUGCUGGAGAGAGAACAAGAAGCCAUGAGGGUGCUGCAGCAGUCUCCUGAGAAUCUUAUGCUUUACUACAAAGAUCCACAAGGGCAAGUCCAAGGUCCGUUUUCUGGUAGUGAUAUAAUUGGAUGGUUUGAAGCCGGGUACUUUGGCAUUGAGUUGCUAGUCCGUGUAGCAUCAGCAUCAAAAGAAGUGCCCUUUGCAGCACUUGGUGAUGUAAUGCCUCAUUUAAGAGCGAAGGCAAGGCCGCCACCUGGUUUUGCACCUCCAAAGCAGAAUGAAGUGUCAGAAGUAAAUACUAGGCCCACCUUUGGUAGCUUUGGGCCUCCAACAAUAGGUGUCAAUGAAGUUGACAUGCUAAGAAAUGAACCAAGGCAUAAACUUGGGUCAACUACUGAAGCUGAGAAUAGAUUUUUGGAGUCACUGAUGGCUGGCAAUAUGGCCAAUUCAUCCCAAGGUAUGCAAGCAUUUGUUGCUGCCAAUAGUCCUGGUGGAAUGUUGCCCCCAGGAGCAGAUGGUAGCGAGAUAUACCUUUUGGCGAGGAAAAUGGCUCUGGAACGACAGAGAUCAAUUCCCAGUGCACCUCAGAUAUCACAUGAAAAACUCUUGUCGUCACUCACUGAUAACUCCCGCCAGCCACCUCGUCCUCCAAAUGCUGACUUAAUGUCAAUUUUGCAAGGCGGAGCUGAGAGAUCUGGUUCUGGUGUAAAUAAUGGUGCAACUGUGGGUUGGUCAAAUUUUCCUGUCCAAAGUGGUUUAGAUCCAAUUCAGGAUAAGGUUGACUUGCAUCAUGGACAGACUUUGCAAGCACCUUUUGUUCAACAGCAAAGGCUGCAGCCACAAAACACGCCUCCUUUAGCAAAUAUGGUUGGUCAACCUAUGGAUAAUCAAUCUUCUGUGUUACUACCUGAUAAAAUGUUACCAUCAGGUUUUCCCCAGGAUCCACAGCUACUUAAUAUGCUGCACCAACAGUACUUGCUGCAGUUGAAUCACCAGGCUCCGCUUCCUCCCCAGCAGCUGUCGGUGCUAGAUAAGCUUCUGUUACUUAACCAACAGCAGAAACAAGAGGAACAACAGCAGCAGUUGUUACGGCAACAACAGCAGCUUCUGUCUCAGGUUCUGUCUGAGCAACAUACUCUCCAGCAGCAGUUCAGGGAACAUUCCUAUGGUCAGUUGCAGCCAACUCCUGCCAUGACUUCUGGAAGUUCAUCUGUUGAUCAUUCUCGUCAACCCUUGAAUGAUCCCCUUCAGAUGGGUUUGCAGCAGUUUCCAGUUUCCAGUGUUCAAGAUGAGCGCACCACUAGUUCCAUCAAUUUGGCUCUACAACCACAAGUUGUGCAUGAUGUCAGUCACAAUGGUGAUUCAAAACCAUCUUUUAUUCAUCUUCCUCAUCAAUUGCUUGGAGAUGCUAGUGCCCCUAAAAGCCAGAGUGGUAGUCUUCCUGAACAAAUUGAUGAUAUCCAUGAAAAGAUAUCUUUGCCCUCAUCAGCAUUUGUUGAAAGCUCACUGCCAAAGGUGCCGACAGCGACAAACAAGUCUUCAGUUGAGAGUUCUCUUGGGCAUGGGCAUAUGCUUCCCUCUGAGUCGCAUGUUUCUCCACAACUGCAGCAGAGAGCAGUAGAAGCUUUGGUAACUGAAGCAGGUAAAAAAGUUGCUAGUUCCUUACCCAUUACUGAGCCAUCUGUGGAUACUUAUGAACCUGAACCUGCAAUGCCUGAAAGUCUGAAGUCCCCAGCUCAGGAGCAGCAAGUUGUUAAAGAGAAAGUUAAUGUCGAGUCUGUCGAAGAUGUUAGAAAUAUUGAAGUUCGUGAGGUUAAAAAGGCUUCUGAAAAGAAAUCUAGAAAACAGAAGUCUGCCAAGGCUGUUUCCUCAUCUGACCAGGCGAAAGCUACAUCAAAAGCUGGCUCUUCUCAGCAGCUAGAAUCAAGUGAUGAAACUGCUGGAAAGUUACAUGAGGCGUCUCCUCGAAAGACGAAAGACAAGAAAUCGGGCACUUACUCUGGGGAAAAUUUGGAAAACCUACAGGUUAAGAGUUCGAUGAUGUCAGCUGGCAUUUCCCAGGAUGCUGCUGAUGCUGUGGAGACUAGGAGUGAAGUUAAGCAAGUUGCUUCAGACCCGGUGCUAAAUGCACCAAGCCUUGCAGCUCAACGAGCUUGGAAACCUGCUCCUGGUUUCAAACCAAAGUCGUUAUUGGAAAUUCAGCAAGAAGAACAAAGGCGGGUACAGAUUGAAGUGCCUUUUUCUGAGACCAUGCCAGUUGUCAGUUCUGUGGGUCUGUCCGCCCCUUGGUCUGGUCUUGUAGGUGGUUCGGAGCCUAAGAUUUUCAGAGAAGCACAAAAAGAGACUAACAGCACGGAAAUAUAUGGUGGGAAGCCAGAAAUUUCACCGAGCUCUAAAAGUAAGAAAAGCCAGUUGCAUGAUUUAUUGGCUGAAGAAGUUUUGGCUAAGACUGUUGAACGUGAGAUGGAGUCGAGCGACAGCGUGUCUGGCUUAUCUUCACAGCAAGUAGCAAGUAACAGUAUUGAGUCUGUGGAUGAUAACAACUUUAUUGAAGCUAGGGAUACUAAAAAAAGUAGGAAAAAGUCUGGUAAAGGAAAGGGUUCUGGAGCCAAAUUGGCAGUAUCCCAAGCGUCUGCUGAUCUGCCUAUUAGCUCUAGCCCCGUUGAGAAAGUCAAGGGCUCAUCUCGAGCGGCGCAACAAGAGAAGGAAGUAUUGCCUGCAAUCCCUUCAGGUCCUUCCUUCGGUGAUUUUGUUUUGUGGAAAGAUGAGUCUUCCUUGAAUCAAUCCCCAUCUCCAGCGUGGUCUGCUGACUCUAAGAAGAUUCCCAAACCUACAUCCUUAAGAGAUAUUUUGAAGGAGCAGGGGAAAAAGACUUCUUCGGUCCAACCUCAGAUCCCGAUACCAACCCCUCAAAAAUCGCAGCCUCCACAAGCCAUGCAUGCGAGUGGAUCUGGGUGGUCAAUAUCCGCAGCUUCUCCAUCUAAGGCAGCUUCUCCUAUCCAGAUUAGUGUGGCUUCUCAGUCGAAGCAUAAAGAAGAUGAUGACUUAUUCUGGGGUCCAGUUGAACAAAAACACGAACCCAAGCAGUCAGAGUACCCUCAACUUACCAGUCAAGGAAGUUGGGGAACCAAAAGCAGCACCCCAGUGAAAUCAACUCCUGCCUCAUUGGGACGCCAGAAGUCAAUGACUAGCAGGCCUGCGGAGCGUCCCAUUUCCUCCUCACCGGCACAAUCUUCUCUAAAGGGGAAGAAAGAAGCAGCCAACAAUAAACAUUCAGAGGCAGUGGGUUUCAGAGAUUGGUGCGAGAGUGAGUGUGUUAGAUUGCUCGGUUCAAAAGACACAAGUUUCUUGGAGUUCUGCUUGAAGCAGUCGAGAUCAGAAGCAGAAAUGCUUCUGAUUUCAAAUAUCGGAUCAGUCGACCCUAAUCACCAGUUCAUCGAAAAGUUCCUGAACUACAAGGAGCUAUUGCCAGCAGAUGUUAUUGACAUCGCCUUUCAAAUUCGGAAUGAUCGCAAGGUCACUGGGUUCAGUGCCGGAGACAUGAAUUCCGAGAAUUCGGCGGGGGUCAAGGACUUAGACUACGAUGUGGCAGCAACCGCGGAUGGAUUUUCCAAGACUGGUGGUGGUAAGAAGAAAGGAAAGAAAGGCAAGAAGGUUAGCCCUUCAGUUCUUGGGUUCAACGUGGUGAGCAACAGAAUCAUGAUGGGAGAGAUUCAAUCAGUUGAAGAUUAG